AUGGCCAAGCACUGGGACCAGACUGUCAAGUACUACACCCUGGAAGAGAUUCAGAAGCACAACCACAGCAAGAGCACCAGGUUGAUUCUGCACCACAAGGUGUACGAUUUGACCAAGUUCUUGGAGGAGCAUCCUGGUGGGGAAGAAGUGUUAACGGAACAAGCUGGAGGGGAUGCUACUGAAAGUUUUGAGGAUGUGGGACACUCUACAGAUGCUAGAGAAUUGUCCAAAACGUACAUCAUUGGGGAACUUCAUCCGCAUGACAGAGCAAAGUUAACCAAGCCUUUGGAAACUCUCAUUGCUACUGUUGAUUCUAAUUCCAGCUGGUGGACCAACUGGGUGAUCCCAGCCAUCUCAGGAUUGCUGGUGGCUCUGAUGUAUCACCUCUAUACAGCAGAAGAUUAA